AUGCAACAAGGCGGCAAAUCAGGGCCUCGCACACGCACCGGCUGCUUGACAUGUCGUCGACGGAGGGUCAAAUGCGACGAAGCAAAGCCAGUCUGCAAUCGCUGUCAGACCGCGAAUCUAGUCUGUGAUGGAUAUCGUGAAAAACGGAGGGUGGUUUCGCCUGGCCCUUCUUCCGCAGCUCCUUUUCCUAGUGUUGCCUUGACUCAAGCAGCAUAUGUUACGACCUCAGCUGCACCACGAAUAUUUUCUUACGAGGGGGUGCCGGGCGUUCCGGCAACACCGAGUGUUUUCCCACAUACUAGUAAUCGUGCUGAUCAUCUAUGUGCUUACCAUCAAUUUGUCACUUCCACUGUCUACCAGCUUUUCCGGAAGGAUCAGCUUUACUUCUGGCGAGACAGGAUUGCACGCAUGUCAUGGCAUAUUGAUCUCGUAUACGAGUCUAUUCAGGCAAUCGGAGCCAUACACCUGGCCCACAGUAUCCCUCAUUCGGGCAUCAUGCAGGCUGAAGUACAGCGGCUGAAGGUUAUAGGACUUCGUGCCUACAACAAUGCCGUCCACCAAUUAACGAUCGAAUUGAAUGGGCAUUACGAAGGACGUGAAGAGAUACUGAUGGUGACUCUUCUGCUCUUGAACAUAUUUGAGUGUUGUAUGGGGAACGCACGUCUGGCCUUCCAACAUCUCUGGGCUGCUGUUCAGCUACUUGGAGCCUCAUCGGCUACUGCAAAAGACCCACAUCUUUUGCCUCUGCGUGAGACGAUAAUGAGACUGGAUUUUGUCGCCCAAAACAUCGUCCCCUAUGCCCGGUCGUCCUUCUUCCGCACUUUCAGCUUCCGCCCUGCCCUCAUGGAAACACCCUUUUACUCAAACACAAACCUUGAAAUUGAGGGUCUUGGUACAAUUCUUGGCCCUGACUUAAUGAUGAACCAACGUCUCAGUCUCUGGCGCCUGAUCGCCGCCCACAACCACAUGGACAAAAUCGUCUGGUCCUCUUUUUAUGGCGCAAACGAGCAACCAGGCCGCGACCAACUUCUCAGCUUUCGAGAUGAGCUCCUACUCUGGCGUCAAGGAGCGACAGAAACAUUUGUUGGCUACACUGACACCAUUCCACUUCCCAUCGACGAUGCCAACAGCGUAUUCGUCACAACAGCCAUACUAGACAGCCUGCCUAUUCCGCCUGAGCCAUUGAUUCUUCCGACACCCGUAGUAGCGAUCACUAUAGCUUACUAUAACCUUUACCGUGCGUGCACACUUGCAAUGCUCGCCGCCAAUGAAACCGUUGCCAGCGUUCGCGAUGCUUUAGAGUUCGAAACCUUCAUACUCACUUACGAUAAUCUCCGUCUCACUGCUGGUCUGCUUGAAGCCCCUUGUAGCCACUGGAACACCCUCGACCCCGUGAGUAAAGGCGGCGCGACCUUUUGCACUAAACUUGACCCCAGCAUCUCAAUCCCACUAUUUCUAGGCGGUCGCCGCUCCUUCAACGCUCUCUGGCUAGAAUAUUCGAUUGCAACGCUACACUCAAUCGGGAGAGCCGGCCUCUGCGACGGUCAAGCACUCGCUAAUUGUCUCAAAAUAAUGAGAAGUCUUGAUGCACAGAGCCCCGUUCCAGGUUUCGAUGGCCCCAUGCAAAAUGUACCUCUUUCACCGCUUGGGUUUCUGAGCGAGCGGACAAUCCCAUUGCUUAUGCCAAACCUUGUGGAUGAUGAAAUGGCUGAAGCGUACUAUCUGAGGCACGGAAGAAACUUCUCUGGUGUGGUGGCGAAGGCGAGAUGGCAGAAGGUAGAGGAGGGUACACCGGACGGUCUGAGAGUUGAAAAGUAUGAUGAGCGGGGUGGUAACGAGGGCGAUGUGCUAAGGGAAUGGAAGCGGAGUCUGGAGGCUGGAUGGCAUACGUAUGUGCAUGCAGGCCAAGGAAGGUUUGGGCUGGAGGGAUGA